GUGUCCCAUCAGCUCACAGUGAAGCAACGCAACAGCGUCUUGUUUACGUUCGCAGAUGCGCGCCAAAAGCUCUUCACUUCCGCGCCAUCGUCGUCGUAUCGCAGAGACGAGAGAGUGAGUUCUUUUGAAGCAGAAAACUUUCGCCACUCAGGAUUGAUUGCGUGUUGCACCCGGAAUCCCCGACUCAACCUCCAACCGCACCGUCGUCGUCGUCAUUCUGUUUUCCAAGAACACCUGAUGGUGCUAAUGGAACCCAAAAAAAACACGUCAUCGAAAGGGGUGACACACUCACCGGAUGCAUGCUCUCACGCUGCUCUCUUUCCGGAGUCAUAUGAUUCGGUCGUCGGAGGUCCUCGGGAGUUCGGGACCCGCGUUACGUCAACCUGCCCGCCAGAACAGAACGCGGUUGCGAAAUUUUCCACACGGAUCGGGUUCGGGGUUCAGCAGGUUCAGUCGCCGGAGAGUAUUCUAAAGGACUGGACACGUAUUUCCGUAGCGUUCUUGCAGUGCAGCCAGCAGCACAGUGCAGCAGUAUGUUGUAGCUAUAGGUAGCACCAGUGUGUGGUGUUAAUAGAUUAUUCCUCUGCCUGACGGUAUUGUGUGUAUGCUGGUACGUUGUGUGUGGAAGACUGCGCUGCUGCAUACAGAUGCUCCGCGGAAGGCUGCAGCAGGAAGGAGUUGUGGAGCAAAAGUAGAAAGAAGAAGGAUGAAAAAGUGCUGAACAAAAACGGAAGUGCAAUGUGCAUGAUGUGUCUGAAGGGAGGAAAAUUGCUAUCUGGAGUGCAAUAAUCAGGGAUUCCGAGGAUUUCCUCGCAGUCACCAACGCUGGAGACGAGGAUUAGUUUGUGUCGUGUGUGUGUGUGAGUGUACGGUGGGAAAACUGCUACUUGAUUUUUCCUCAACAUUUCGACCAAGGUGAAGUGGAGACGCGAGGUCGAAGGUGAAUGCCGUGGAAUGGAAUCGUGAAAAUUGUGCGUGUAUGAGAAAGGAAAACCGCGGUCGUUUUAAUAAGCCAAAAGGCACGCUGGCAAUCGGCAAAAAUCGUUAUUUCAGUCAAAGGAAUGACGGCUUCUGAACAUACCACGGCUUAUGGCGACGAUAAAAAGUGUUAAAAUAUGAAACUCUCAGCUUGCAGAUGUAAAAUAAUUCUCCACGGUCCAGAACUCAACUAAUGAAACAGAAAUUAACCCCAAUCGGGAUGUGAAGUGAAAAUGCAGCAACACGUUUAACCCAUUUUAAUGCGGGAAAAUCCAGAAUCCUCUUGUCGUCGUCGUCGGAAGCAGACGCAGUGGCAACAUCAGCGAUAGCAACAAAGUCAAAAGGAUAAUUUCAAAACCGGAACCCGUAGACCCAGACGUGCCUGCAUGGCCAGUGGAAAAGUGAACGCGAGAGCCAAAAGCUUGCGACCCAGAAGGAAAGCCCUCAACCAGUUAGUGUAGUGUGUCGUCGUGAGGGUUUGUCGUGUGUUAGUGGUUGUGUCGUGAAAAAGCGAAAAAAAAAAAACGGAACGCCAUAUGAAAAUCUCGCCGUGAUUAAGCGACCGGGAAUGGAUUAGUUUUUCACAACUUGUGAGAGGUACCUACCUAGUUCUGAAGGAGAAAAGUGGGCAAAGGACCAACCACUCCACAUCUUCCAUUCCACCAGCAAAGGCGAAACGCCUUCAUCACCGCAAACAAAUAUGGAUCCAUUGUGGUGCUCCCUGGAAAGGGAAGAAGAAACUACUAGUGAGGUCCUGCUGCUGGGUGGUAGGGGAGGAAAACUUGUUCGUUCUACUUUGUGUGACGACGGCCGCCGCGGCGUGGCAAAUCGCUAAACAAGCAUACUGUUGUGCUCGAGUACCGAGCACCGGGUUCAAAAGAAGACGGCGUGUUUGUGACAAAACCCCCGGGCCGAGUCCUGACAGUCACCACCUCGGAAAAUAAUUGAAAAACUGUGAAAAUUGUAAAAUUCUAUAAAUUAGCGUGGAAAAACAAUCACCACCAAUUGCGCUAAGUGGCAAAAAGUGCUGUUGGCAGAUGCAAUUUUUCGGUGAUUUGGCAUUCUUGGAGCAGGUUGCAGCGCGAAGCUUUUGUGCACCAGUGAAGGAGGCGGAAAAGUAGAUUGAAUUCUACCACUGCACUGCAUUUGCUGUUGAUAGGCGCGUGGGUGAGAUAGCUGCAAUGUUAUCUGAGUGGAAAUAAACUGUUAAAUUCAAGCAGACACAAAGUGCAGUGCUUUAUUGCGGAAUUUAAUGUUGACUAUUAAAUGGUUCGAAUCAUGUGUUAGGUGCUCUAAUGAUAUACAAGUUUUGCUGACUAAUAAAUCAGUGUGCUUCAAUCUCGAGUGCAGCGAAAACAAAAACAGCAAUACUUCAAUGAACUGCGCGGAAUGGGAAAAACAGUAAAAAUCGAAAGCACGUGAGGACGAUUCAAUGCGGUGCGGUUUCGUUACUUGUGGGGAUGAAUGAAACGUGGGGGUGGAAGAUCGGUGGAAUGCACCACCCAACGCAAUAGAGGAGAGUGUGGUGAAAGUGUACCGAUAGCGUGACAACGAUGAUUAAUUAUGCAUUGAAUAGCAAUCGAAUCAGUGUUAGUUGGCGGCAGCAGCGUUGGUUCUUCGUGGAUUCUAAGGAUACCAGUAGCAACGUGACGACAUGACCUAGAUAUUCGUCUGUUUGGAGAAGAAGCUAAUUGUGGAUUCGAGUGGUUCGAAGGGAGUUGUUGUCACUCGAUGUUAGUGUUUGUGUCUAUUGUAAAUAGGAUUUUAAGAAGACAGGAGCCAGAGAGAGCUCAGGUGUUGGAAGAAGUAAUUUGUUACCAUAUUCAUCAAUCGAAUAUCGAUGGGUGCGUUAGGCACCGAGUGUACAGAUCACUGUAAAUAUUAUAUUGAGCACCAGUUCUAUGACCUUUGAAGAAAUCUAUCCGAGUUAUAUUUAGUGUAAAGCAAAUUGCAAGUGUUGAUAAGCAUUCCAAAAGCAAGUCGUGUUAGCUAGUAGAUGUUCAGCAAUAUUAAUCAUAAUCUUAAUGAAGCAGUUUACUCCAACAUAAAAGUUUGUCUUGAAUUGUUAAUCAAAAAUAACUAGCGCUAGAUCAAAAGUGUUGCAUUUACGAUAUAAGCCAAAGUAGUGAAAAAAGUUUCUUCAAAUCAAGCUAAACGAAAAAGCUCAUCUAUCUCCGAGUGUGUGUGUGUGUGUGUACAACAAUAAUAACCGAAAAAGCAAAAGUUACUCCGUAGUCCAGUUUUUUCCACGUGAGUGGAUGUGUGCGACUGUGUAUAAUAAUCAUCUAUGGCAUGCAAACGAAGCAUUUUCGUGGCAACUCAAAACUACCGCAUAAUGGCAGAGGCACCAACGCCUCCAGUAGCAGUAGCAGCAGCAGUGGUUCUACUCUAGUGCUCCAACCUGUACAAACCUCCCAUAAAAGAUUGGUAUUCUCUCUACUCGCUUCCCAUAAAGCAAACCAGUUUGCCAGUCAAAGUAAUACCGAACCUGUACAGAUCCCAGAUCUGGGGCUAAUAUACCUUCUGGAAAACAAGUAAUAAUCGUAGCCAUUAAGCAAAAUAAAUAAAAAGCUUUCCCUCCUCCUUGCGCCCCUCACGAAUCUGUAACUGUAGCGUGUAUUUCUGUGAGUUGGCUGCCACCAGAGAAAAAAAGUGAAAUAGAAAAAUACCGUGAGCAACAUUCAACAAAACCACGAAAAAAGAGAAAAAAUGACCAACUUGUUCCAUUACUCAAAUAACUGAACCGAACGAAAGAGACCGCUCGUAAAGUUUUCACUGUGAAAACAUCAUAAAACACGAGUGGAAAAAAGCUAAAAUAAAGUUGAAUUUCCUCUGUUUCAACUGAUCCGCGCCUCCCUCCCGCCAUCGGAGGGAUGGUUAUCCAAGUGAAAGCACCCGUAUCCCCCGUGUCGUCUGCUCCUCGCUGCUAACAACGAGGGGGCAGGAAAAGUUAAUCCUCCAGGCAGGAACGACCACAACUGUGACGAACACAGCGCGCUCGCUCGCUCCCUCGCCGUAAAGUGAUUAAAAAGUGACGACUGCAUUUGCCGCGGGAACGAAAAGUGCAUAACGGUGGGAAAAUUUCGGUGAAAUUAGUGGAAACUGAAUCGCACGGAGCUGUGCACGGUUACGGGAACAACAGCCGCCAUCAUGUCGGAGGCCACGACGCCCAACGAAGGCGGCAGCGGGGCCAAGCAGCAGGUCGUUGCGUACACGGAAAAGUCCCAGGAUAAGCAUGAAUCGCGCCACAUCCAGCUGGUGCGGGAGUACGGCUUCCACCCGCGGUCCAAAGUGCAGGUGGAGGAUGGGGCCGUGCUGCCCCGCAAGUUCGAACCCUUUCCGGACGAUAUGUACGGGCGCCCGCUGGAGGAAAUCGACAACUUCAUCUAUGAAGAGACCUUCUGCGUGGUGUCGAAGCGAUUUCGCAAGAACUACAUCCAUCGGUUCACCGGAACGAAAAGUCUGUUCUGCUUCACCCCGUGGAGCCCCACCCGACGUGCCUGCGUGUACCUGGCGACCAACCAGUUCUUCGACUACUUUGUGAUGGCCACCAUUCUGUUCAACUGUAUCUUCCUAGCCAUGUCCGAGACGAUCGAGGAAGCAGAGUAUAUAUUUUUAGCAAUUUACACAUGCGAGAUGAUAAUCAAAAUGAUAGCUAAGGGUUUUAUACUGAACAAGUAUACGUACUUGCGGAAUCCGUGGAAUUGGCUGGACUUCGUGGUCAUCACCAGCGGGUACGCGACCAUCGCCCUGGACGUGGGCAAUCUGGCCGGGCUGCGGACGUUUCGGGUGCUGCGGGCCCUCAAGACGGUGUCGAUCAUGCCGGGUCUCAAAACCAUCAUCAAUGCGCUGCUGCACUCCUUUAAACAACUGGCAGAGGUCAUGACGCUGACGAUAUUCUGCCUGAUGGUGUUCGCCCUAUUUGCCCUGCAGGUCUACAUGGGCGAGCUACGUAACAAAUGUGUCAAAAAUCCUCCCGAAGGCUGGAACGUUACCCACGAGGAAUGGCGAAUGUGGGUAAACGAUACCGAGAACUGGCUCAUCGACGACGAGGAUAUGCCUCUGUUGUGCGGGAAUCUGACCGGAGCGCGACACUGUCCUCCCGAGUACACAUGUCUUUGCGUCGGAGAGAACCCGAACCACGGUUACACCAAUUUUGACAACUUUAUGUGGUCAAUGUUAACUACCUUCCAGCUCAUUACGCUAGAUUAUUGGGAGAAUGUGUAUAAUAUGGUCCUGGCGACGUGCGGUCCCAUGAGUGUGUCGUUUUUUACCGUAGUGGUAUUUUUUGGUUCCUUUUAUUUAAUCAACUUGAUGUUAGCCGUCGUUGCUUUGAGUUACGAGGAGGAAGCUGAAAUUACUCAAGAGGAGCGCCGAAAGGAUCUGAUCGACCAUCGGGACGACUCCACGUUCAGCUUCGAUCCAGCCAGUUUGAAUGUUAAGCAGUUAAGUAAACAACAGCGCAAGAAGUUGGACGCCCGGAAGGGCGUUCUGCUGGCGUCUUACUCGCGCAAAAAGACCCGCCGGAGAAAAAAGGGCAAGGAGGGUGCCGAUAACGGAAACAAUGUUACGAAAAGCAGAUCGGUGACGCCAAGUCCCAGUCCGAGUCCGCGGCACAGCAUCGUGCGACCGCAGGCUCUGGCAUUGCAGCGAACGAAAGGAAUGCUGACGACGACGCCUCCGGCCAUGCCGCCCACACAGCACCAACAACAGAAUCCGAACACGUUGCACCCUUUAGGUCUUCACUAUCGGGGUCAGCUGUUGCCUUCCAGCCGACAGGCGAGUUCCAAUGCCAGCGAGGGUGGCGUCAAUCGAGAGUCUUCCCUGGACGACUCCGGUGUGGUGGAUGACCACGAGGAGCAGGAUGUUGUAACGGGCACCGAACUGGUGCAUUCUUCCUUAGUAGAGCCGCGGGAGGUAACACCGGUUACAUUGGCGUUAUCACCGCGGGAGGUUAGGAUAAUAAAAUGUAACGGUAAUUUAGCGAAAGUCAAAAAGCACAGCGUUUAUGCCCUCCAUCCGGAAUACUUGUCGCAAAUUGUUGUACUAGACGAUCUUCCUGAUAGAAAUUGUGAUAGAUGUGUUCAAUGUUGCAUCAGCUACGAAAAGUGGCUGCAGUUUCAAAAUUGUUUAUACAAGAUUGUUAAGGAUCCAUUGUUCGAAUUAGGGAUCACACUAUGUAUUGUUUUAAAUACAUUGUUUUUAGCGUUAGAACAUCAUGGUAUGAAUCAGAACGUGAAGGAUGCGUUAGAAUAUGGCAAUAGGGUUUUUACAGCGGUUUUUUCAUUCGAGUGCUUAUUGAAGGUGAUGGCCCUGUCAAAGGAUUUUUUCCUGUGUGGCUGGAACAUAUUCGACCUGAUUAUCGUUUCAGCCAGCUUGCUCGAUCUGAUCUUCGAACUGAUGGAGGGCCUGACUGUGCUGCGGGGGUUGCGAUUGUUACGGGUACUGAAACUAGCACAAUCAUGGACCACGAUGAAGGUCCUGCUAAGUAUUAUCAUAUCGACAAUAGGUGCUUUAGGUAAUCUGACGUUCGUGUUGGUGAUUGUUAUCUAUAUUUUUGCUGUUAUCGGAAUGCAGUUGUUUUCCAAAGAUUACACGCCGGACAAGUUCGCACCGGACCCGGUGCCGAGAUGGAACUUUAACGACUUUUUUCACUCGUUCAUGAUGAUUUUUCGCAUCCUGUGCGGAGAGUGGAUCGAACCCCUGUGGGACUGCAUGCGGGCCGAAGAGGAAGAAGGAGCCUCGUCGUGCUUUGCCAUUUUUCUUCCGGCGCUGGUGAUGGGCAACUUUAUGGUUCUGAACUUGUUCUUGGCCUUGUUGCUCAACAGUUUCAAUUCGGAGGAGUUAAAGUCGAAGAAGGAGGAAGUCGGCGAGGACUCCAAGCUGGCCCGUAGCUUCGAUCGGAUACGAUCGAUCGUGCGGAAGCGACGAAACGCCAGCAAGGAGAAGAACGAGAACGACACCAACACGCGGUUGGAGAAGUUGGUCAACGAGAUCGUGAUCAAGCAGAGGGAGGAAAAGAAAAAGCAUACGGCCGCACUGGUGGCCUCGAAGGAUCAAACCAUUGUGCUGCCCCCGACGGAGUUCCGACCCAUCCAGGGUGGGCCAAUUUACAGCCCGAGCUAUCAGGAAUCCCUAUCGCAACGGGCUCCAUCGGACCAGCUGUGUUACGACAUUCCCCUAAAAGACCGACCCCUGCGAACCAUCUCCGGUAGCCAGGAAACGGUGUCCCAAAUGGACGAUCGCCAGCUGCCGGACGAUGACCGCCAACCACCGCAGAUGACCGAAGUGGAACGAAAGAUCCUGCAGCAAAUGUCUUCCGGUUUCGGCACCCAGCAGAGCAAGGACGAGCCCACGGUGACCGAUUCGCUCGAAAUGCGUUCCCUCAAUCCACUCAAUUCUUCCGAGAUCGACCCAAACGAACAGUCGAUCCACAUAUCGGACUCGCAACCGUACGACGAAGCGUACCUGCAGUACCAAAAGAGCCUGCUGAACCGAUCGCCAAGCUAUCGGAAAUCGCUGGACAAGACUUCGUCGCGUACUUCCAGUGCCCACUCGUUGGCCACCUCGCUGGCCAAGUGCCAUUCGCCGCUGGUGCAGGAAGUCCUGAACGCCGGUUCGACGUACCUACGCAAUAGCAAUAUCUCGCUCAUUCAAACGCCAACGCCGGUACCUAGACGUGAAGAUAAUCAUUUUUUAGUAGCCGAUAGGAAAAGUAGUUUAGACAAAUCGAUCACGGCGUCCCCGCCGCAACCGAUCAGCCAACAACGUUCGCCAAGUACCAGCAGUAGCAUGCGCAAGGCGGUGCUGGCCGCCAACCGUUUCUCUGACCAAUCGCUCAAUACGCUCUCGAUCGACCACGACGAGUUGAUCAAUCAGAUGAAUCUGAAGGACGAACUGCUCAACUGCGAGCAGAAGGAGUUGUUUCAGUUCCUCAACGACGAGGUUGACAAUAGUAACAAUUAUUUUAGUGAUACGGUAGGUUACGGUAGUGCGGUAGUGGAUGCAGACACGGAAAGUCUGCUGUUGAGUUCCAAGAAGGACGACCUUAUCUAUUCCCCGGAUCGAAAGGUCUCCAACGGUAGCCUAAAGUCUAAUUUAAGUAGUAUAUCCAAUUCGAUCUUUCAAGCGUUGGAGAACCGCCGAGGGGGUAGCAUAUCGGGUUCAGUGGAUAAACCACGGCCAACGAUCGCUGUGGACAACGGUAGUCUACGAUCGCGGAGGGACAGCGACGAUAAAGAACCGUUGGUUAAGGCUUCCGAGUUUGACGAUAUCAUUCAUAGUUUCGACACGGAGUUAAAGAGCUUAAAGUCUCUCUCGUUGGGCCGAAGCCAUUCACAGACCGACGCGCCCGUUUCACCGGAGCGUGAACGAAGGAACUCCAAUUCAUGUCCCAUAAUGCCUGGGGUCGAAGAGGUAGUUCGCCUGCGAAGGCCCAGGUCAAGUAUCGCCUGCAAUUAUAGGAGUAGUAGUGCUGAUAACAAUAAUACAAAUGGCAAUAAAAUUAGUGAUAAUGAUAAUAACAACAGUAAUACGUGUAACAAUAAUAAUCCUAGGAUUAGUACCGGAAACGAUAGUAAUAGCAGUAACACCGAUAGCAAUACCCAGCGCAGUGAGACGUCCAAACGGCGCAGUUUGGAGAAGCAGCGCAACAUCACCGACGAGGAGUUUAACAUGGGUGUAGAGAUAAAGAAACUCUGUGAUCAACUGCAGGCGCCAUUCGCCACUCCCACCGUUGUGAAGGAUCAACCUGUCAGCAGUAGUGGGAAUGGGCCCUCAACGUUAACGCCCUUUACGGGUCUCUCAGUCAGCGGUGGCAACAAUAUGAACUCAAUCCCUAUCGUGUUCCGACGAAAAAAUGACUUCCACAGUAGCUUCGAUCGAAUAAAACGACUCAGUCUGAUCGAACGAGUCGAAGAGUGCAACGAAGACGAAAAAGCGAUCGCUCAGCCACCGAAGGCAUCCAGCGAAAUACUUCCACGGAAGCAACUAUCCAAAGACUGCCUGGAGACACUGUCUCUGAAAAGUAGCUACAGCAUAGAAAACGGCGACAAACCGCUGGACGAUAGUAGUAAGAAAAUCGGAAUAAGUCUGGAGGAAUUCCAGCGCAACAUUGCCCAGGAGAGCAGUUCCGAACCGCCAGCGAUCAGGCAACCGCCGAAAAAGACGGUCACCUACAGUGAGACAUCGCGACAGAACAGUUCGCAGCAAGCGACACCCAAACGGACCCCUUUCAAGACCUACGAAUCCGACGCUCCACUGAACCUUGCUGGAAAGCCGUGGCACUGUCUGGUGUCUUACGUGGACGACAUCACCGUUGGUGGUCGUCGUAAUUCGCAAGGCGUCUACGACGAUCCCAUGGCCUUUCCCAGCUUUGGUCGUCGGAAAGCGCCGAAAAUCCCGCAGGACUGCUUCCCGCAGAAGUGCUACGAAAAGUGCAAAUGCUGGGACGCAUGUCUGAAAACGGACGCCGGCCAACGGUGGUAUCGAUUUCGCCAGAACAUUCUGCAGUACGUAGACACGCCGGCCUUCGAAUGGUUCGUGCUGGUGUUGAUCUUCGCGUCCAGCAUCACACUGUGCUUCGAGGACAUUCACCUCGACAAGAACAAACAGCUGAAGCGAAUCCUCUACUGGACCAACUUUGUUUUCUGCCUUAUUUUCGUCAUCGAGAUGUUGCUUAAGUGGAUCGCCUUGGGGUUUACCAAGUAUUUCUCCAGUUUUUGGACCAUACUGGACUUUAUCAUCGUGUUUGUGUCGGUUUUCUCAUUGCUGAUUGAGGAGAAUGAAAACUUGAAAGUACUACGCUCGCUAAGAACGUUGCGCGCUCUCCGGCCGCUGCGAGCAAUAUCACGAUGGCAGGGCAUGAGAAUAGUAGUGAAUGCAUUGAUGUAUGCGAUCCCGUCGAUCUUCAAUGUACUCCUAGUAUGUCUCGUCUUCUGGCUGAUCUUCUCGAUCAUGGGCGUACAGUUUUUUGGCGGGAAGUUCUUCAAGUGUGUUGACGAGGAUGGCGAACUGCUACCGAUCCACAUCGUCAACGACAAAUGGCAGUGCUACGCGUUGAACUACACGUGGAUCAACUCCAAGAUUACGUUCGACCACGUCGGAAUGGGCUACCUGGCGUUGUUUCAAGUGGCAACGUUCGAAGGCUGGAUGGAAGUCAUGGCCGACGCCGUAGAUGCCCGAGGAGUUGACCUACAACCGCAGAGGGAAGCCAAUCUGUACGCCUACUUCUACUUUGUGAUCUUCAUCGUGUGUGGAUCGUUCUUCACGCUCAAUCUGUUUAUCGGAGUUAUCAUCGAUAACUUCAACAUGCUUAAGAAAAAGUACGAAGGGGGAGUGCUGGAGAUGUUCCUGACGGAGUCACAGAAGCACUACUACACGGCAAUGAAGAAGCUGGGCCGAAAGAAACCACAGAAAGUGAUCAAGCGACCGAUUAACCAGAUCUUGGCAAUGUUCUACGAUCUUUCAAAUUCGAGGCGAUUUGAAAUCGCAAUCUUUGUGUUGAUAUUUCUGAACAUGCUCACGAUGGGCAUCGAACACUACAAUCAACCGCAUGCGGUUUUCUUCAUCCUAGAGGUCAGCAAUGCUUUCUUCACGACCGUUUUCGGCCUAGAGGCCAUUGUCAAGAUCAUCGGUCUACGCUACCAUUACUUCACGGUGCCAUGGAAUGUGUUCGAUUUUUUAUUAGUUCUGGCGUCCAUUUUUGGCAUACUGAUGGAAGACAUUAUGAUCGACCUGCCGAUAUCACCGACGUUGCUCCGGGUGGUACGAGUGUUCCGAAUCGGUCGGAUACUGCGGUUGAUCAAGGCUGCGAAAGGUAUACGAAAACUACUGUUUGCCUUAGUAGUAUCCCUACCUGCACUGUUUAACAUUGGGGCACUUCUGGCGCUGAUCACCUUCAUCUACGCCAUUAUUGGAAUGUCACUGUUCGGUCAUGUGCGGCAACAGGGUGCGUUGGAUGACAUGGUCAACUUUGAAACGUUUGGCAGGAGUAUGCAACUUCUGUUCAGGCUCAUGACAUCGGCCGGAUGGAACGAUGUACUGGAAUCUCUCAUGAUCCAGCCACCGGAUUGCGAACUAGCUCAGGAUACACAGGGAAACGGAGACUGCGGCCAUCCACUGUUGGCGAUCACCUACUUUACCAGCUUCAUUAUAAUCAGUUAUAUGAUUGUAAUCAACAUGUACAUAGCUAUCAUCUUGGAAAACUUCAACCAGGCUCACCAGGAGGAGGAGGUCGGCAUCGUCGAAGACGACUUGGAGAUGUUCUACAUCCGAUGGUCAAAAUACGACCCGCACGCAGGACAGUUCAUACACUUCAACCAGCUGUCGGACUUCAUCGCUUCGCUAGAUCCACCGUUGGGCAUCCCGAAGCCAAAUACGGUAGCGCUGGUGUCAUUCAACCUUCCAAUUUCCAAGGGAAACAAGAUCCACUGCUUAGACAUUCUCCAUGCACUGGUAAAACAUGUCCUAGGACAUGUAGAAGAGACUGAAAACUUCAAACAGCUGCAAGAUCAGAUGGACCAGAAGUUCAAGAAACAAUUCCCAACUCGCAAAGAGUUGGAAAUUGUUUCCUCGACUCGAAUCUGGAAACGACAGGAGAAGGCAGCCAAGACAAUCCAGGGCGCCUGGAAGGAUUAUCUAAGGCGUAAACGGGAACGAGAACGUUCUCCCAUGUCCUUGGAAGAUGAUAACACCCAAACGUCAAGUCCCGGCGGUUGGCAGAGUAAGCUAUCAGCGCUGAACUUCCUCCACCUGCAGGUGCACCGUCGCGGGACGGCGACCUCCAGUCGUGCAUCGUCUCGUAAAUCAUCUCGUGCUUCCGAUGCUUCCGAUCUAAGCGAACUUGCUGGGCCUUGGUUGAAUCUUCCGCUGAUGCUUGUCUCCGGAACCAGUGAUAUGGUCAAGGACGUCAAACAGCAACAUGCCAAUGGCUUAGAGCUGAAGGACACUCCUGAAGCGAAAGGUGGUCGCCGUAGAAGCUUCUACAACUUUCCGUUUUUUCUUCGGCAUCAGGAUGCUGUAGAAGAGUCGUCAAAUUCGCCGCAACCUCAGAAGCGACCGCUCAAAUCUAGUGAAACUAACCUAUCGUUAACUGCUUCGCUGGACAAAGCAGUUCCUCCGGUUGUGGCACCGACGACUCCUGUUAUGAAACAUAAACGCGCAACGAGCUUCGUCAAGAAGAAGCCACCGCUGGAACGGGGCUUUUCGGCACAAAGCGCGUUGCGGCUCAAUCGAAACGCUGCAGUUCUUGACGACAAUCUGUCGGCCUCCUCGGCCGACGUCAGCAUCCUCGUGACUGAACCGUCUCCGGACGUGCCUACCGGGCCCAAUAUGGCUAAAGUGCCUGGAGAGGCUACGCUAGUGCACGUCUUGGUUCACCGCGAGAGCGAAGAGUACCAAUCGGACGUGGACGACAAAGACGAGACCAAAGUGAAAGAGCCUCGUGAUCCUUCCAAAGCUAGUGAUAUUAAAAUCUCCCCUGGCACGAAUGUUGACUAUCAAAUUCUAGGUGGCAGCGCGGACGGACCUCGCCCAGUGGUGACGAUCUGCGUUGAAAGUCCUCAAGAAUCGCCGGAUUCUCCUCAGGGGUCCCAACCACCCCAGCAUCCACCACCGCCACUUCCACCGGACACCGUAAUCGACAUGGUCGAUCCGGAACCGAUCGACGUUAACCUUCCACGUGAUACCUCCAACAUAUUCUACGACUACGAAGAGCCUAAAGAGGACGCCAAACCUCCGGAGAUUCCUCCGCGAGCUCACCAACACCCACUUCAAGACCUGGAUAGAAUAGAGUACGACGCCAUCCAACAGAUGAGCAGCAGUACGAGUAGUGCAACCAGCGCGAGCAGUAGCAGCAGUGCUCACGCUGCCGACGCCAUCGAAGAUCAGUGUCAUUGUCCUCCGUCAUCCGAAGAUCCACUCCAGCGAUCCAGCUGACCAUCAACCGAAACGUCAACGGACGACGACAGAAGCGAAGACCAGAUCCGCAAGCGUAGCCAACCGGACACCACUAGUUGACAAUCUUCUUCUUCUUUUUGAGUAUUCUUAUACCUGGCAGGGCGCCUCCUGGGCGCUCGACGCCACCAGCAGUGCAGCUACUCUAGGAAACUCCGGAAACGAUCGCUAUCAACGACAUUUUAUACCUCAUUUUACGACGCUUGUAUACUUCCCGGACAGCGGAAUGGGAUGUCGGCAGAGUGCGGACAGUGGCCGCUCUUGGUUCAGUUGUUAUUUCAGAGCUGUUUGUUUUCCGUGUAGAUUACGGAUCUAGGCGAGUUGUGUAGAUAGUAUUGUAGAGGGAUUGGGGGCGAAAAUGUUGUAAAAUUGCUCUGUAUAUAAAUCCAGAUUUUAUUAUUAGGACUUGUAAAGAACUGUAGAUAUAGAUUAAGAUUAAGAAUAAUAUGUAGGUGGCUAUAAAACAAGAAGCAUACAUUCCAAUAUCAGGUCGACGCAAUGUAUUUCCGGUUUACAGUAAAGAGCUU